UCAGACUCUCUGCUCAGCCCAUCUGUCACCAGUCACAGGACUAUUUAUCCCCAAGGGCUUGGCCGUCUCUGCCACAGGAUGCACUACUGUAAAGGCAACAGCGACGAGGACUCGUGCCAUGACAGCUCAGCCUGUGGCGAGAAGGGCUGGACAUGGCACAGUUCCACGGGGUGCUGCCACGAAAGCCCCAUGGGUGCCACAGACCUGCCCCCUUGCCAUGACCCUGGCAGCCUCAGCCAUGACCUUGAAGGGUCCUGCCAGAGCAAGGCGCAAGGCUGCCAGCCCAUGGAGCCAUGCCCACCCUGGAGGUGCUGCCCACCACAGCAAAGCUGCAAUUUUGGCAAGCCCCGGCAACGGGUGGAGGUGAGCCAUGUACAGCCCAUCUGCCCUCCACCUGUGAAAAUCCAUCACCGGCCACUGCAGCAGUACCGCCCACCCCUGCACUGCGAGGAGCCAGGUUGCUGCAGCAAGCCCCGGAGGCGCGUGGACCAGUGUCCCGUGGAGGAUGCCUGUCCCCCCAUAAUACUGCAUCCCCGGCCACUGCAGCAUCGCUGCCCCUGCAUCCCGCGCUGCCACCCACCUGUCCAGCACUGCUACCCAGCUGCUGUGCCCCUGCCGCUGCAUCCCAGCCAGCACCAGCAAAAGCAGGUCCCUCUCUUGCCACCCUGCCUGCAGAAGAAAUGAGCAUAGGGCCAGCAAGGCACUGGGACCCAUCCCCCUCAGCAUGGGGGAUGCUUCGCCGCUUGCCCAAACCGCUGAUGGUCCCACCUCCGCUUUCAGCACAAUGCAAUGCAGCUGUGGCUGAUGGCUUGCUGCUGCUUUUUGCACACUGGAUUCAGGGUCUGCAGUCCCCUGUUUGAUCCCAGCACUGACACUUUAAAUUCCCAGGGUCCUCCCCUGUCAGGGAACAGGCUUUAAUCAUCCAAACCCCACUUUGUUCUUCCUCAGAGUAGAGCAGCCAUUAUCCCCUCUUCUGAGAAGGUGAGCAGCCUAGGGAUGGAGAAACUGAAUGGGAAGAGCCUGAACAAGGAUGGGGAAACAGCCUGCCAUGGAUCCACCUUCUCCCAUGGGUUCAGUGGAUGGAUUUCAAGGUUGUUUGAAAACAGAGACAGGACUGUACUGGGAAAAAAAGUACACACUGUGACUGCAGGAGCAUCAAGGACUCCUGC